AUGUGUGACAUGGGGGCACUAGACAACCUUGUAGCCAACACGGCCUACCUGAAGGCGCAGGGUGGAGAUGACAGAGAGAUGAGAAAGCGCCGGCGAAGUCUGUCGCUGCCCAAGCCCGAUCUGUGCGUCACUGCCCGCAACGCUGUCGAGAAGGACUUCGAGUCUCUGUGCGAGAAGCAGCCGGUCGGGAAGAGGUUAUUCCAGCAGUUUGUCACUGCCACCCCAGAGUAUGUGUUUGCCACUGAAUUCCUGGACGAACUACACGACUGGGAGCUUGCAGAAGCGGAUACCAAAGACAAAACCAAGCAAAACAUCAUCAACAAGUUCUGCAAGGCUGAGUCCAGCAGCUUUUUAUCCUACCUGACUGGUGAGGUGUCAGAUAAGUGUAAAGCUGUGACGGAGAAGGACUUUGAGGAGGUGGUGGUAGGAAAAGUGAAGGAGGCCACCAGGGCAUUCCUGAGGGGGAAGCCAUUCCAGGACUACAAGGCUAGUCUGUUCUAUGACAAGUUCCUUCAAUGGAAGGAGUUUGAAAGACAGCCUAUUACUGAAAAGUACUUCUAUGAAUUCAGGACCCUGGGCAAGGGAGGGUUUGGAGAGGUGUGUGCUGUACAGGUCAAAAUCACCGGUCAGAUGUAUGCUUGCAAAAAGCUGGAUAAGAAGCGCUUGAAAAAGAAACGUGGAGAAAAAAUGGCCUCGUUAGAGAAGAAGACUCUGGAGAAACUGAACAGUCUUUUCAUCGUCAGCCUGGCUUAUGCCUAUGAAACCAAGACGCACCUGUGCCUGGUCAUGAGCCUCAUGAACGGUGGUGACCUUAAGUACCACAUCUACAACAUCGGAGAAAAAGGAAUCGAAAUGGACCGAAUCAUUUACUACACGGCGCAAAUCGCCACUGGUAUCUUGCACCUGCACGCCAUGAACAUUGUGUAUCGUGACAUGAAGCCAGAGAACGUUCUGCUGGACAGCAAAGGCCAAUGCCGGCUAUCGGACCUGGGGCUGGCCGUGGAGGUGCCUGCAGGAAAGACGAUCACCCAGAAGGCUGGCACCGGUGCAUACAUGGCCCCGGAGAUCCUGAAGGAGAUCCCGUACCGUACUUCAGUGGACUGGUGGGCACUGGGAUGUAGUAUUUAUGAGAUGGUGGCAGCCUACACACCCUUUAGGGGGCCCGAGACAAGGAAAAUGUCUAAGGAUGACAUCCAAAAACGCAUCUGUGAAGAUGAGGUCAAGUUUGAGCACAAGGGCUUUGAUGAUGUCACCAAAGACAUCAUAAACCUGUUCCUGAAGAAGAACAUUGACGAUCGUCUCGGCUGCAAGGGUGACGAUCCACGGAAGCAUGCAUUUUUCAAGUCCAUCAACUUCCCUCGCCUGGAAGCGGGCCUGAUUGCCCCCCCUUGGGUGCCAAAGCCCAAUGUGGUGUACGCCAAGGACACCAGCGACAUUAUCGACUUCUCAGAGAUCAAGGGGAUUGAAUUCGACGCCAAGGAUGAAAAAUUCUUCAAGGAGUUCAGCACAGGAGCUGUGGCCAUUGCCUGGCAGAAUGAAAUGAUAGAAACUGGACUCUUCGAUGAGCUGAAUGACCCGAAUCGAUGCGAGUCUGGAGAUGGACUUGAUGACGAGAGAAGAUCAGGCACCUGUACACUUCUAUGAAGCCUCCAGCAGUAAGAUCUGUAACCAACUGCGUAGGAGAGAGUUUGAU